UAAAAAAAAAAGAAUCUCUCUUUUUUCAGAGCUCUGUCUAGAAUUGUCUGUCUUCGUCGGAUCUCCGCGUCAUCCACAUUCCGUUGUCGCCGGCGUCAUCUUCUUCUCUGCAGAUCGAUUCGGAUCUUCGCUUUGAUUUUACAUUGGGACCUUUUUGUUUCCUGGGAACGAUGAGUCUUGUGUUUGAAAGAUAUGAGAGGCAAUACUGUGAGCUUUCUGCAAAUCUCUCUAAGAAGUGUACUUCAGCCAAUGCCCUUGAUGAUGGAGAACAAAAGAAGCAGAAGCUAUCUGAUAUAAAAUCUGGGGUUGAGGAAGCAGAAGCAUUGGUUAAGAAAAUGGACCUUGAGGCAAGAAGCCUUCCACCCAAUGUUAAAUCCAGCCUCCUUGUCAAAUUAAGGGAAUACAAAUCCGAUCUUAACAAUUUCAAGACUGAAGUGAAGAGAAUCACAUCUGGGAACUUAAACGCUACUGCUCGAGAUGAGUUACUAGAAGCUGGUAGGGCUGACACAUUGACGGCUUCAGCUGAUCAAAGAUCAAGAUUGAUGAUGUCAACAGAGCGUUUAGGCCGAUCCACAGACAGAGUCAAAGACAGUAGGAGAACAAUGUUGGAGACUGAAGAGAUUGGUGUUUCAAUCCUUCAGGAUUUGCACGGCCAGAGACAGUCUCUCCUACGAGCCCAUGAAACGCUUCAUGCAGUUGAUGAUAACGUGGGAAAGAGCAAGAAAAUAUUGACAGCGAUGACGAGGAGGAUGAAUAGGAACAAAUGGACUAUCGGUGCGAUUAUCACAGUCCUUGUCCUCGCCAUUAUCUUGAUCUUAUACUUCAAACUCACCAGGUGAAGCCUCUCUCUUCACCAGCCUGGCCAAAAUCUAUGUUACUGAACAACUUGUGUUGUGCUCUCUUUGUGUCUCUUCUCCUUCUCUUGAGUGUUUCUCUCUCUCUCUCUCUCUCGAUUUUGUGGAUGGUGAUUCCGAGAAUCUAAUAUUGAAAUUAGAACUCGAGUCUACUUCUGACUUCUGUGUUAUUUGAUUGAACAUGAUGUAAUUGACUGGUGACAAAGCUCUUGUGAAUCAUUUGCUUUAUAUUCUUCACCAAACC